CAAGUUUCUACAAUGAAUAACUUUGUUAUCGCUAUAGACUUUGGUACUGCAUCCAGUGGAUUUGCCUUCACUGUCACACGCAGAGAGGAAGAAAGUGAACCCUUUAUAAAGAGAUGGGGAGCAGAAGAGGGAGCAGACACCCCAAAGACUCCAACCUGCAUCCUGUUUGAUCCAGAUCAAACAUUUAUGAAGUUUGGUUAUGAAGCCAAAUCAGCAUAUUUCAAAAUAAAAAAACAAGAGGCAAAGAAUUAUUAUUUCUUUGAAGAUUUUAAGAUGGACCUCUAUGGCAAAGAGAUUACCAAGGAUCUUAAGAUUAAAGCAGCAAACAAUAAGGAAAUUACGGCUCUGAAGGUUUUCUCUGAAUCCCUGAGAUUUCUGAAGGACGAUGCUCUAAAAACCAUCAGAUCAAAUACAGGAGGUAUGGAGUUCUCUGCCUCUGACUUCAUCUGGGUCCUGACUGUUCCUGCCAUCUGGGAUGAGUCAGCAAAACAGUUCAUGAGAAAAGCUGCUAUACAGGCAGGUAUUGUAACAGAAGAAACUAAAGAUAAACUGGUGAUCGCACUGGAACCAGAAGUAGCUUCAGUCUGGUCUAAGAAGCUUCCAUCAAAUGGUUUCAUCACACAGAACCAGAGCAGAGACUCUCUGGAUCAGACUCCAGGAACUCAGUAUAUUGUUGUUGACUGUGGAGGUAACUGUCUGAUGCCGUCUGUAGUAAAAAGCUGUGACAUUAUUCUUUAUCAAACUCUGUGCAUUUCAGGAGGAACCAUCGACAUCACCGUUCACAGAAUCCUUAAAGAAGGAGCUCUGAAGGAGCUGCACAAGGCCUCUGGAAACAACCUGGGAGGACAGACUGUGGACAGAAAGUUCAAAGAGUUCCUGAGGGAAAUAUUCUGUGAUGGAGUCUGGGAGGAAUAUGAAGAAAAUUAUCAGAGUGAGGUUCAAAAGAUACUCUAUGAUUUUACCUUUGUCAAACGGGUAGAUGGUGAGAUUCAGAUCAGGUGUCCAUAUAAUCUGAUAAAACUGGCCCGGAAAAAGAAAGACAUUGAAAGAUUCUUUGAAUCAGUGGAUGGAGUUUUCUGGUGUGAUGGAUCCAUCAGAAUCUCCAGAGAGAAACUGAGGUCUUUCUUUGAUGAGAGUCUGCUGGGCAUCAGUAUGAGGCUAAGAGAAAUAUUAAACAAAGAUCUCAGCUUUGAUUACAUCCUGUUAGUGGGAGGUUAUGCAGAGAGCCAGAUACUCCGUCAGCACAUUAAUGAAGAGUUUGGAGAAGAUUAUAAAAUCCUGUGUCCUUUUAGACCCCAGGAAGUGAUCCUGAGAGGAGCUAUAGAGUUUGGAAGAAACCCAAAGAUGGUGACGUCUCGGAAAAGCCGUUUUACUUAUGGGGUAGCCGUGUUAAAAAGAUUUGAUGAGUCUACACAUAAACUAGAGAAGAAACAUACAGCAGGUGGAAACGAUUGGUGUAAGGACAUUUUUAAAAUACUGGUGCAUGAAGGUGAAGAUUUGGGCUGGGAUGAAACCAGAGAGCAUGUACUGAGGGCAGUAGAUUCUAAUCAGACGGGGAUGAGUGUUCGAUUGUUUAUGACUGAAAGAAAAGAUCCACAAUAUGUAGAUGAUUGGGGGGUAGAAGAAGUGGGUUCAUUUAUAGUUGAACUCUCUGAUCUUAACAGCAGCAGAGAACGUAAAGUUAAACUGAAGGUGAAGUUUGGCUCUACAGAGAUAACAGCUACAGGGACCGAUAUGACAACUGGAGAGGAACAUACAGUUAAAUUCAACUUCAAGACCUAAUAAAGUUUCUUUCUGUCCCAAUGAAGGUAAAAUGAAGACACAUUUCGAAGGCUGUUUUAUAUUACAGGCCAUAUAGUCAUAGCUUAUAAUGAUAAAUAUCUGGAAUUGGUUUGCCUUCAAGUUCAGAUGUUUGUUUUUUCACUUUUAUAAAAUGAGGUUUUA